UGGACUGUAUCUGUACUGUAUUUAGGGACAAGACCACACUCUGUGGCAUUGGAGUACCAGAUCAGCUCACACAUCUGGAUACAAUAUGGAGAUUAGAACUACCUGUCUGCUCAUGACACUGUGUCUGGGGAUUGUCAGUGUGUCCUGUGAAGAGUUACUGCAUCGGCAGAAGAGAGUCUGGAUCAUAGACUCUUUUAAGAUCGAGGAGGAGAGGCCCGGACCUUAUCCUCAUGUACUGGGGAAUAUUAACGUAGAGAAGAAUUUCCGUGUGGGUUUCCAUCUACAUGGCCAAGGUGUUGAUCUGGACCCCAAAGGAAUACUGUCCGUCAAUACAAACACCGGAGAGAUCUUAGUUCAUGGAAAACUAAACUACGAGGAUCACAAUAAACUUAAGCUGACAUUUGAGGCCAGAGAUGCAACCAAUAAUGUAGUGGACACCCGACUGGGAGUAGAGAUUGAGAUUCUAGACAUCAAUGACAACCCACCUGUUUUCGAGAACAACCUCCACAUCAUCAACCUGAAUGAGUCUGCUUCACAAGGAUAUUUCCUGGCAACUGUUAAUGCAAAAGAUAAAGAUAAAAAGAACACAAACAAUGGCACCUUUGACCUGAAGAUUGUCUCCAUCACCCCUACACCCCCAGACGACCUGGAAUUUUUCCUUCAGCAAACUGGUGAAACUGAAGGCAUCAAAUUCAAAGGGUGUCUGGACCAUGAGAAAUCAGAGAAAUACACCAUCCUGGUGGAGGCUAAAGACCGUGGAGAAGUGGUUCAGCUCUCCAGCACCUGUACAACCAUCAUCAAUAUAAAUGAUGGAAACAACCAUCUGCCUGUCUUCACUGGGCAAACGGGUGCAGGAAGCAUCAAGGAGAGAGACAGCGGUGAUGUACCAGUUCUUCGGCUCCAGGUUUCAGACCAAGAUACCAAAGGUACUGAAGCCUGGAAGGCCAAAUACACUAUCCACGGAGACAAGGACCAGAACUUCAGAAUCACCACUGACCCAGAGACCAACGAAGGAGUCUUGUUUGUUCAAAAGCCUCUGGACUACGAAGACGGCUCUCUGAGGAACCUGUCAGUCAGUGUAGAGAACGAGGCACCCUACUUCUCUUGUAAGGUCAAAGGUCGUUCUGCCACGGGCCUGUGGGAUGUGGUCACCACAAGGGGGGUAUCUUUGACAGGCCUCACGCCACCCCUGCUUCCCACCCGCCAGGUGACGGUCACGGUGGAGGAUGUCAACGACCCGCCCAUCUUCACCCCUGCCAUCAAAAACGUGACGGUGGAGGAGAAUGUGGAGGUGGGCUGGUACCUGGAAACGUUCACUGCCAUCGAUCUGGACAGGAAGCAUGCCAACACCUUCACGUACGUGAAAGGAAAGGACCCUUGUGACUGUGUGGCAAUAGACCCAAAGACUGGCAAAAUAACCACAACCAAGAUCUUAGACCGAGAGUCACCUUACGUUAAGGACAAUGUCUAUCAAGUGACACUGUUUGCCAUUGAUGAUGGCCAGCCUCCCAUGACUGGAACUGGAACGCUCAACAUCCACCUAAAGGACCAGAAUGACAACCUUCCAGAGCUUGAGAUGGCCACCAUGGACAUGUGUCUCUCAGAUGAGCCCUCCGAGGUCAACAUCACAGCCUACGACCUGGAUGGAGACCCCUACAGCGGACCCUUCUACUUCCAGCUCCAAGGGAAUGAUGUCAAGGGCAAGUGGAGGAUUGACCCUAACAAUGGCUACACAGUGAACCUGGUGAAGGAGAACACAGUGUACGCAGGUCACCACGAGCUGCUGCUGAAGGUGUUUGACCUGCAGGGUCAGGGUGCCCUCCACAACCUGUCCGUCACUGUGUGUGACUGCUCAGGCGUGGCCAACUGCCGCAUGCGCAGGGCCACUGGAUCCAAGAUUGGAGAGAGUGCUGUAGGGAUUGUCAUCGCUGCCAUGCUGCUACUACUAGGUUUUCUACUGUUGGCCCUCCUGAUGACCUGUAAGAGAGAACUGAAGCUGAUCCCUAUAGAAGUCUCUGGAGAACAUCUGAUCAAAUCUAACAUUGAGAUUCCAGGAACUGAUUGCAAGGUGCCUAUGGCUACCAUAGUCCAAGUGGACAGUCAGAUGGAAACAAAAGCUGCUUUUCAAACAGUCAAGACGAUGUCGGCUGUACAAAAGUCAGCCAGUAUGCGAGCACCGGUACGUUCAGGAUAUUCCCAGUAUUCCUCCUCCUACCAAGAGCAACAACAUGGACAGUUUCAACGAGGAACCUCUCUGCGCAAGAGUGCGCCCACAAAAUUACGCUCCAAUGGCUAUUGUGGACAGGAGUCAAUGGUGAGCAGAUCAAUGAAGACAAGAAUAAGAUACUCCUCAUUGGAAGAAGAUCAUUAUCUCAACAAAUCCGGGCACUUGAUGACUCUAAUGAAUCAGAGGAUGUACACCCUGCAGGUUCCAGGAGAGGAGCUAGGGGACUAUGCCCCGCACCCCUAUGCUGAAGAGGGGGACCUAGAGACAGACCUCCAGCUGGAUGCUAUCUCCAUCCCUGAGACCCCCUUCGACCAGGACACGCUCCUCUACCUGGGCCCCAGGUUCAACACCCUGGCCUCCAUCUGCAACACCCCAGACCUCAGCGCAUCCUAAGCCCAUCUCGCCCUCACCCUCUGGGGCAAGAGGGUCUGCCAGGACUGGCUAGUUAGCAUAGGCAUAACAGGCUAGGUCACCGAUCGCGUUCCUGGAUUAUAAACUGGACUGGAUCACUCAUUCUUCAAAUGAGGUAGAACAGCAAACUUGCUCUUGCAAAAUCUGGAUAAGAACAAGCAGUGUCAUUUUUUACAAAAACCAUCAAACGCACACAGGACUAUGAAGAUCAAUGAUCAAUCAAUACAAAGACCAAGAUGGAACUCAGUGCUGAAAGGAGAACAAUGAAAUCUACCAAUGGACAACUGUGCUGUUGGGAGCCUGGUUGUACAUAUCAGGCUACAGUCUGAUCUACAGUACACUGGCCAGUGGCCACUCUUGCAGCAUUGACCAGCCACCACAAACCAACACAGGAUUUCUGCACUGAGAACACACAUAGAGAGAGACAUGUAGUGGAAAAUACUUGCAUGUCACUGACUUGCUCUGUGCUUUUAUGAAUGUGAUGGCUGCAGUGAAGUGCUAUGACAGUGAACAUACCACACCAUUUCUUACCACUUUAUUCUUCACAAAAUAAAUUGAGUCAGAAUGGUCUAAUAUUGUUUCCUAUGAUGGUUAUGAUGAUGAUUAUCAAACCAAAUGUUAUUUAUCACAUGCUUCAUAAACAACAGGUGUAGACUAACUUACUUAUGGGCCCUUCCCAACAAUGCAGAGAAAAAUAU